GUCUGGCGCCGACUGCGGUCCGGGUGUAUGAGUAAUAACUUUGCGCGAAAGGACCUCGACUCGACUUUGACUGGUGUCCGGCUCCAUCAGAAUCCUGUCCUGUUUAGAAACGAGCAAACACUCGCAAAAAAACUCAGACCCAACGACGGAUCCAAACCCCAGCAAAAUGGCACACGCAAACGAAGACGAGGCAGUUCGCCUGCUCGUCCAGGCCCAGCGCGCCGGCGGUCACUCCAAGAUAGACCCCGCAGCCCUGGCCGGCCUGGACCGCGCCGGCGCCUACCGCGUCAUGCUCGCGCAGCAGGAGGCGCUGGGCGAGGAGGUCGGGCUCUACAAGACUUCGCUGAUGCAGCCCGACGGCACCGGCAUCAUCGCCCCGAUCUGGCGGUCGCGCGUCGGGACCAGCCCGGACUUUUGCCUUCCGACCGCGUCCUACGCCGUCAAGGGGCUCGAGUUCGAGGUCGGCGUCCGGCUGGGCCGUGACGUCCCCGCGGGCGAGGGCGUCGACGAGGCGGCGGUGGCAUCGGCGGUGGCGUCGUACUUUGUGGGCAUCGAGAUCGUCGGCACGCGGCUGGGGGAGCCCACGGCCGGGAAGCAGCUUGGCCCCGCCGCGGGGCUGGCCGAUAACCUCUCGGCGCUCGGCUACGUCUUUGGCGGGGAGUUUGCGCGGGGGACGGACGUAGACGGCCUUGAGGUCUCGUUCGAGCUCGACGGGCGCGUGCUCGACAAAAGGAUGGCCAAACCGGGGUUCGGCGCGGUGCUGACCUCGGUCGUGGCCUACGCGCGCGCGCAGCACCCAGACAUGCCGCUCAAGGCCGGCACUGUAAUCACGCCGGGGUCUGUGAACGGAUGUAUUCUGUUGCCGCCAGGGUCCAAGGGGAGGGUUGUGGGAAGGCUGGGUAGCGACACAACCGUCGAGUUCACUCUAAGUUAAUGGGAGCGGAUAAUGGGACGAGUUGGGAGUUACAUUUUGGCAUUACUAUGCAUAUGCAUCGUAGCAGUAUCUAAUAAGCAUUACUGAAUAACAUUAAAGGUCCCCCUAAGCGCCAAUCGCUUGCGG